GGAGCUUGCGCAAUAUGUUUGCCACGGCCCUGGCUGCUGCUAGUAUCAGUUUGGUGUUGUUGUUGUUGUCACAUUAAAGGGGGGGCAAAAGAGAGAAUUGACUAAGUUAUUAUAACCCUGCAGCCUGUCGUAUGAGGUUACUGGGUGAGCCCCUCCCUGCCAUGAGAGCUGACCACCAGGUCACUAGCCCCCCCUCCUUCUGCAGUUGAUGGAUCUGCAGCUGGUCCAGAGAUGACAGACAGCGUCAGGGCCUUCCUCCGCAAUGUUGCGACGGGGAUCAAGGACUCCAUAUUGGGGAUUGGAACAAUCUCCAAGCUGGAUGCCCGCAUCCAGCAGAAAAGGGAGGAGCAGCGGAGGAGAAGGGCCAGUGGGGCCCUGGCACAGAGACGGGCACAGAGUGAGGAGCGCAAACCAGACAAUGACCCCAAAGUAGCGAGCAGGAUUUUUCAGUGCUGUGCCUGGAAUGGAGGAGUGUUCUGGCUCAGUCUGUUUCUCUUCUACCGGGUGUUUAUCCCUCUGCUGCAGACUCUCACAGCAAGAAUCAUCGGUGAUCCCUCCCUCCAUGGCAGUGUGUGGUCCUGGUUAGAGUUCAUCCUGACCUCCGUCUUCAGCGCUCUUUGGGUUCUCCCUCUGUUCGUCCUCAGUAAGAUAGUCAAUGCCAUCUGGUUCCAGGAUAUAGCUGACCUUGCAUUUGAAGUAUCCGGAUGUAAAGCCCAGCCGUUCCCCAGCGUCAGUAAGAUCAUCGCAGACAUGCUCUUCAACCUCCUCCUCCAGGCACUCUUCCUCAUUCAGGGUAUGAUUGUUAGCCUCUUCCCCAUCGAUGCCAUCGGACAGAUGGUCAGCCUCCUCCACAUGUCUCUGCUCUACUCCCUGUACUGCUUCGAGUACCGCUGGUUCAACCACGGCAUUGAGAUGCACCAGCGGCUGUCCAACAUCGAGAGGAACUGGCCUUAUUACUUCGGCUUCGGUUUGCCCAUGGCUCUGCUGACCGCCCUGCCCUCCUCUUAUAUCAUCAGCGGCUGCUUGUUCUCCAUCCUCUUCCCGCUGUUCAUCAUCAGUGCUAACGAGGCCAAGACGCCAACAAAGCUGUAUCACUUCCAGCUGCGUCUCUUCUCUCUGGUCGUGAUGAUCAGCAACAAACUUUUCCACAAGACGGUCCACCUGCAGUCCUCGCUGACGUCGUCUGCCUCCUCGGAGCGGCUGUCCUCUCCCCACACCUCCCCCGCACGCCAGAGACCCCUGCCCAAUCAGUGAUGAUCUAUUGGAGGUGACAGGAGAGCACAUGUUGAUGAUGAAGAUGAUGAAGGGUUUCUCUCAGUGUGAUUUCCCCCCGUGAUGAAGAUGAUGUUCGGUUUCGUGCAAAGGGUUUACAUGUUUUUAUCUCCCAUCUGUCCCUUUUGAUUACUCGUUCACAGACACGUUUUCAGUGUGACACAAAACUCGACUGCCCCGUGCCUCACACUCAAAACACGUUAUAUACUCAGCUCUUCUUCUUUUCUUUUCUUUGUUUUUUCUUUUUUUUGUAUAAUGUGCCAUUUGAGUGACUCUCCUUUGAAUAAAUGACAGCACAUGAAGUCAUGUAGUGUUAAUGUGUUGAAGCAGACUUGUGACUAAAGAAGCUUUAAAGGUUUUUGCAUUGAGAAGCAAAGAGCCGUGUUUUCUUUAUGUUGCAAGGCGGACUCCUUCCUCACCGAUUGAAGGCUUUCUUGCACAUGGAUACAUUUUCUCUGUCCACGGACGGUGUCCCAAAAGCUCCAGGAAUAACCUUGUGUAAUAAAAAGGUUCAAGGAAGGGUUGUUUUUUUAUCCUGUAAGAGCUUUUUUUUUGUAGAAAAUACAAAUGAGUUGCUGCUGCUGCUGUUGGUAGAAACUGAAACCACAUAAAGUCACUCUUUUUUGUGCGUCUACUUAAAAAGUCUUUUGGUGUCUCGUCUGAUGUUAAAAUCUCACCCCACUGUUUUAAGAAUCACGAGGUGACACCAGCGAAGGAAAGGCUGCCUGAGUUUUAAAUGUAGAAGAGAAGACACUGCCAAACUGCUGCAUCUUUAUUCACUUCACCUUAAACCACUUAAGCUCUGAGUUUUAGAAAGGAGCCCCGUUUUUUUAAAAGUCUUCAGCCUGGACCUGCAUGCUCUGGUUUUCCAGGGAGAGCUGAAGCUAAUCUGAUUGGUCCCUCUGAAUCAUCCGGUGUGUGGUUUUUGUUGCUGUAUAUAAUGUUAAUAUAUCCUGAAUGUUAAAGCAGGAAUCUGACGUCACACAAUGCAGCCAUGCAGUCACCGACCUUCCCUUCACUCAUCACAGAGGGGGGGGGCACAUUUUUAAAACGGUGUGCAAUCAUUGUAAAAGAAGAGCAUAGUGUUUGUGCAGACUGGUGUUUGUGAGUGAGGUUUUGUAAAAGUAAUACGUCUUAUUUCAAUAAAAUGGGUCAGUAUUUAA